CCUCGCUCGCUCGCUGGCUCUCAGCUGCUGCCGCUGCUGCUGUGACUGCGCUCACUCCGCCGGGCUCUCUGCUUGUUGUUUGGUACUUUUGGUGAACUUUUCUUCCAGUGUUUCGCAACAGUGCUCUGCGAGGUUUUCGGGAAAAACUUCCUAAUGCAAAAAUGGACUGAAGCAACGACCCGACAACGUGCGGAUACUUAGGGGGAGAAAAAAAGGAGAGUAUUUCUGUAGAGAGCGACCUUUCUGAGGGUUGAGUUACCGUCAUGGAAGAGGACGACGGGCAUCAGGAGAACGGUAUCCCCGCAGCCAAGGACUCGGACCGACAGCAGCGGCUGAGGCUGUGUGUUUUAAAUGAAAUACUGAACACCGAGAGGGAUUAUGUUCGGACAUUGCUUUUCCUCCAGUCGGCAUUUCUGCACAGAAUCAGACAAACUCCAGACGACCAACAGUGUCUCUCACCUGAACAUGUCAAGAUUCUGUUUUCAAAUAUCGAGGACAUCCUUAAGCUGCACCAGGGGGUGUUGUCUGCAGUGGAAUACAGCCUGUUGCCUGAACCUCAGCCUCACCAUGCACUGGGACAUGUGUUCCUCCAGUUUAGGGAAAGUUUCUCAGUAUACGGCGAGUACUGCAGUAACCAUGAAAAGGCAUUGAGGCUUCUCAUGGAGCUGAACAAGAUCCCCGACAUAAGGACCUUCCUACUGCACUGUAUGUUGCUCGGAGGGAAGAAAAGCACAGAUAUUCCCCUGGAGGGCUACCUCCUCAAUCCCAUUCAGAGGAUUUGCAAGUACCCCCUGCUGCUGAAGGAGCUGCUAAAGAGGACUCCCAAGAAGCAUGCAGAUUAUCCGGCGGUGGAGGAGGCUCUGCAGGCCAUGAAGGCCGUCUGCUCCAACAUCAAUGAGACUAAACGGCAGAUGGAGAAACUAGAGGCCCUGGAACAGCUGCAGUCCCACAUCGAAGGCUGGGAGGGAACCAACUUGACAGAUAUCUGCACAGAGCUCCUGCUUCAUGGAAAUCUUCUGAAAAUUUCAGCAGGCAACAUCCAGGAACGUGUCUUCUUCCUGUUCGAUAACCUUUUGGUUUACUGCAAAAGGAAGUCCAGAGUUUCUGGAAAGAAGUCCACCAAGAGGACCAAGUCUAUCAACGGGCCUCUCUAUGUGUUCAGGGGCCGAAUCAACACAGAGGUGAUGGAGGUGGAAAAUGUGGAGGAUGGAACAGCGGACUAUCACAGCAACAACUACACAGUGACCAAUGGCUGGAAGAUCCACAACACGGCAAAAAACAAGUGGUUUGUCUGCAUGGCCAAAAACGCAGAGGACAAGCAGAAGUGGCUGGAUGCCAUCUUGAGGGAACGGGAGCAAAGAGAGAGUCUCAAACUGGGAAUGGAGCGGGAUGCCUAUGUGAUGAUUGCUGAAAAGGGCGAGAAGCUCUACCACAUGAUGAUGACCAAGAGUCGACACCUGAUUAAGGACAGGAGAAAGAAGCUCAGCAUUGUGCCCAAGUGCUUCAUGGGAAAUGAAUUCGUGUCAUGGCUCAUAGAGAGCGGAGAGAUCAGUAAACCUGAAGAAGGAGUCAACCUGGGACAAGCCUUACUUGAAAAUGGCAUCAUCCAUCAUGUGUCAGACAAACACCAGUUCAAGAAUGAGCAGGUGAUGUACCGUUUUCGUUAUGACGAUGGAACCUACAAGGCCCGCAGUGAGAUGGAGGACAUCAUGUCGAAGGGCGUCAGGCUUUACUGCCGGCUUCACAGCCUCCACACGCCUAUCAUCAAGGACAGAGACCACCAUCUGAAAACCUUUAAAUCAGUAGUGCCCGCUAGCAAACUGGUGGACUGGCUACUCUCACAGGGAGACUGCUCGACCCGAGAGGAUGCCGUGACGCUGGGAGUGGGGCUCUGUAACAGCGGCUUCAUGCACCACGUUUUGGAGAAGAGCGAGUUUAAAGACGAGUCCCAGUUCUUCCGUUUCUACGCGGACGAGGAAACCGAGGGGACCGGCACCAAGAGCAAGCAGCUCCAGCGAAAUGACUUCAAACUCAUUGAAAACAUCUUAGUCAAAUCCCUUGUGAUUCACCCCGAGGAGGAAGGCUACGGCUUUGAGAUUGAGGAGAAGAACAAGGCCAUCGUUGUGAAAUCUGUCACCAGGGGCUCACACGCUGAGAUGGCUGGCCUGCAGGUGGGCAGGAAGAUCUACACCAUCAACGAGGACCUGCUUUUCCUCAGGCCUUUCUCUGAGGUUGAAACCAUGAUUAGCCAGUCCUUCUGCAUACGACGCUCCCUGCGGCUGCUGGUUGGCACCAAGGCCAAGGAGAUUGUAAAAAUCCCUGACAACCCAGACAGUCUCUCCUUCAGACUGAGCGGCUCUGUUCCUCCUCAUGUCCACGCUGUGAGGAAAGGCUGGGAGGCAGCAGCGUCUGGUCUUCAGCCGGGCCAGGUCGUCCUGAAAGUCAAUGGCAACAGUGUCAAUCACAGCGACUACCAAGAGGUCCUGGAGCAUUUCACAGCCCAGCACACUCACCAGGACCCUCUACAAGCGUGUCACUGGGUGUAUCGAGCAUUCGAGGAUGUGAAAGAGCUACAGAGAGAGGGGGGUGCAGAUGAGAAGGAGGACAGCCCUUUCAAGCCUUACCCAGUGGAGAAUGGCUCUGACCACGAAGAGGACAAGGGCACCAAUGGAACAGACUGCAAGCUGGGCAGACUCUCCCUGUGUGACCUGCCUCUGGUUAGUCUGACAGUUGAUAACGUUCACUUGGAGCAUGGCGUGGUAUAUGAAUAUGUGAGCACUGCUGGCAUCAAGAGCCAUGUCCUGGAGAAGAUAGUGGAACCCAAAGGCUGCUUCAGCCUCACUGCGAAAAUCCUGGAGGCGUUUUCUGGCGAUGACAACCGCUUCGUUCAUAACUGCAGCCAGCUCAUCUCCCAGAACGACCGAGUCGUUACCAUGCCUCAGUACGAGUUCAGACAAAUCUGCGACACCAAGCUGGAGAGUAUCAGUAGGCGUAUCAGCAGCUAUCAGCAGUUUGCUCUGGAACUGAGGAACAAGGUGUGGCCCUCUGUCAGGCAGGCUGGGGUUCGCCCUCACCCACUGGGCUGCAUGGACUUUGUUCCCACCAACUGCCACAUCAACUUGAUGCAGGUCUCCUACCCCAAAAGCACUACCUCUGCCGGCAGGACUUUCAGCAUCCGUUUUGGUCGUAAAAACUCCAUCUUUGGCCUGGACCCCGACCAAGCACAACUGAACCCCAUGUCCCACACUCAACAUUGCAUGACCAGCAUGGGAGCUCCGUCCUGGAGCUGCUCUGGUUUGGAUGGGGAUGAAGCGGAUGGCAGCGGGGAAGUGAAUGUCGACGGAGGGGAGGGCUUGAAUGAUAGUCGCCACGGAGAAGGCGGUUUGAGUUUCCUGCUCAAACAGGAAGACACCGAGACACAGGACGCCUACAUUUACUUGUACAGUCGUUUGGACGUUGCUGUGAGGGAAAUGAAGCAGUAUGUUGCUCAAAUAGAUGUGCUGUUGUCAUCCAUCACCGAACCUACACAGCUCCAAGGAGAGGGCGGAGAGCCUCCAAUCGACGAGGAAAAUCAGCCGCCCGCCCUGGUCCCCUGUGAGGAUGGCUGUGACCAGGACAAAGUGGAGCAGGGCGGCACCAAACGAGUCUGCUUCAAAGUGAACGAGGAGGACCAGGAGGACUCCGGCCACGACACAAUGAGCUACAGGGACUCCUACAGUGAAUGCAACAGCAACAGAGACUCCGUCCUGUCCUACACCAGUGUGCGAAGUAACAGCUCUUACCUGGGGAGUGAUGAGAUGGGAUCAGGGGACGAGCUGCCGUGCGACAUGAGGAUUCCCUCUGACAAACAGGACAAGCUGCACGGCUGCCUCGAGCACCUUUUCAACCAGGUUGACUCAAUCAACAGUCUGCUCAAAGGACCCAUCAUGACCAAGGCCUGCGAGGAGACCAAGCACUUUUAUUCUGACCACAGCCAGCCAGAGUUUCGCCAAACCGAAGACUGGACUGUUCGCUGUCGUUACGUUAUCCAUAAGAACAUCCAGGAAGACCCUUGGAACCUGCCCACCUCUAUCAAAACCCUGGUGGAGAGCCUACAGAGAUUUGUGGAUGAUGGAAAGAACCAGAUCCUCCUGGCUCUGCUCAAGUGCACAGACACAUCUCUGCAGCUGCGAAGGGACGUGAUCUUCUGCCAGGCGGCGACGGCUGCUCUGUGCACGCUAGCCGAACAGGUGCUGACUGCACUGCGUUCUCGCUUCAACAAUGCCGGCGAGUACCAAGAAGACGGCAAGGAAACCAGCCGCAAGUGGCUAGAGCAGAUAUCCGCCAUUGGUAUUUUGCUGCACUUCCAGUCCACACUGGCUCCACACCUGAAAGAGGAGCGGACCAUGCUGGAGGACACCAAGGCGGCCCUGUCGGAUUUGGACAAAGUCACUGUGUUCUUCAGGCAACUGGAGGAUGAGUGUCUAGUAGCAAACACACCAGUGUGUUACCAGGUGGAGGGCACCAGGCAUGCCCUGAGGGUCACCCUUUACCUGGACAGCUGUCACUUCAAUGAGCUCCCCAGUCGGCUCCAGAAUGGAGGCAGCCUCAAACUCCACACUGUCCUGUUCACCAGAGCUUUGGAGCGUCCAGAGGGAGCGUCCCAGCAGGACUGCGUUGCCAUGGAGGACUUCCAGCAGCGCACUAAUGCUGUUUCACUGGAGAAAGUCAAGGCCUACUACCGCAGGCUCAGAGCUUUCUAUUUGGAGAAGUCAAAUCUCCCUACAGACUCCAACACCACAGCAAUGAAGAUAGACCAGAUACUGGGCCUUGAAGUUAGAGACCUUCAACCAAGCAUUUCCAAACUGCUGAGACCCCUCAACACGCUGGACGACCUUUGUCGGCUAAUGCAGUCGUACAUCAACAUGCGCCCGAAUGCCCAAGGCCACCAGUCAGGCGUCAGCGUGCUGUGUGUGUCCUCUGAGCUGUGUAACCGCCUGGGAGCCUGCCACAUCACCAUGUGUGGCACAGGGAUGCAGAGAUGUACUCUGACUGUGACACUGGAGCAGGCAAUGAUCCUAGCCAGGAACCAUGGCCUCAUGCCGCGCUGCAUCAUGCAGACCAUGGACAUAAUGCGUAAACAGGGGGCAAGAGUUGAGCUGUCUGCUAAAAAUCUCAAGGUAAUGGACCAGAUGCCUCCAUCAGCUCCAAGGCUGUUCAAGCUAUGUUUGCCACCCUCAGAUGGAGACCUCUAAGGAUACUGUCACUUCAGCAAAGUCAUCACAGAGAGGGUGAAUAAGGAACUGAUGAUGACAGGAGCAUAGAGACAUUGGCAGUGGAAAACCUUUGCCUCUCCCCAUUGCCCCACUCGGUGUGGAUACCACUAGAGUCUUCAGAGCACCUACAGUGAGACUGAUGCAACCUGAGUCUGAGGACUAGUUAUGUAUUAUUUUACUGGAGCUAACCAUAUAGAAGCAUUAUUCUGUUGGCUCUUUUUCCAAACCAUGUCGACUUAACAACUGGUUCAAAAUACUCACAACAAUACAAAAAAUGAGGAGGCCCCAUAAAGACAAUGUCCACAGUGGUUAUUCUCACAGUUGAGCUUGUAUUAUUAACUGGAUUAACCAAACUACCUGUAGCUGACUGUCAUCCUAAAUGCAGACAUUUCAUUUUGCCUUGGACUGCAAAUUCCAGAGAGUUGCGUGUUUCUCUGUUCAGGCUGGCGUUCCCCAGGGCUCAAUGUGUGGACCCCGAGGGAAGUAGAAUACUUGAAUGCCCUGUAAUUCAUAUAAGAUGCAAAAAGUUAAAGAUUAGACAGAGAAAUGGAAGUAGGGAUUGAGGGGCAGAUGAAGAUGGCAUGGGGGUGGGAUUGCUGCAUGUGGUUACUGUGCAAUUACUGUAGGUUUAGUGUGAGUACUGUAUUACUGCACUAUAUGAAGGAUAGUUAUUUAUUGUGUCCAAGAAGGAGCGUUUUAUCGCCUACUUAUACUAUAUCGGGUAUUAAAAGAAUCUAAAAGCAUUCCAGCCUACGUAUUGAACAGUAUUUAAAGGACCAAUGGCAUGCCGUCUUUUGGAUGUAACUGCUCUGAUGUAUUUCAUUUUUAUUUAUGUGUUACAUUAAUCUUCAGGGAGUGCAAGGGAUGGAUGUACUGAAGCUAGCUAAUCGGAAUCAGACAAAGGAAGAAACUAUACAAGGCUGUUUCUCAACAAGCAGCCAAGUUAUCAGGUUACUGUUAAAUUAUUAAUAUAUUAAUUCAAGUCUUCUAGUUGAAGGAUUACCUUCACUUAACUAAGACAACUUUUGUUUUUUGUUUUUUUUAAAUUGGCUUUUAUGUUGUCUUGAAACUAUUGUGUUAACUGUAGGUAUUAAAAGAAGCACAAAAAUUGGUCCAUUCAGUGUUAGAAAAAAAGUACUGUAUGCAGUUUGCUGGUGAUGUGAACAAAGGGACUGUUAGAUGACUGAAAAAACCCCAGUAACAUUAGUUUACUGACCAUUUUAUUACUAUUAUUUUGUACAUACAAGCUGUAGCAGUGUCAGAGGAAGGGAGAGUGAGGUCGUGUAGAGAAUUAAAGCAGAGAGUUGCUAUAAAUUAAACUGGAUUAUUUUUUAUGGAAAUAAUAUAGUAUAUAAAAUCUUUUUGUAUGUUUAACUGUGCAUUUGAAGAGAAGCUGAUUCUCUGUUCUAACUGUAACCUCACUGACAACUUGUUUUUGACUGCUAAAAAAAAGGUUUGACAUGGAUUUCAAGGACCUCUCUUGACAUUACAGCAGAUCAUGUGAUCUUUUUAUUUUUAUUUUUUUUAUUAGGUUCAUGUUGGAAUAGUCCCUACACAUCCCUUGGCAGUACCAUUACCAACACAAAUUGACAUCCAUCAGUUGGCCUAUAAAACCUAUGGCUAUUUGCAUUGUUUUAGUUUUCUUUAUCAAAUGUUGCUCUUAACUCCACUGUAAAUAUGAUAAAACUUCCAGUGCAGCAUUAGUUAUGGUAACCUGGUCUUAACUGUGCUACCGGUUCAAAUUAGCUAAUGAUUGAAGCAUGUUGGUUUAGCAGGACAUACAUGUCACUGAUUACACAUGUAUUUACAUUAUUCUAAUGUUUCAUUAUUGUAUAUACUUUAUCUGCAAUUUUGUGUUGCUUGAAAAUAACUGUACAAAGGAUUUUUGUUGUUGUUGUUGAAACUUUCUAAAAUUAUCAUUGUAAAUGGAAUCUUAACAAGCUAGUGAAUAAAAUGUUCUCAGUACGACAAGCUUUUCAGCACUGCCUCGAUCCAGUGGCGGCUGGGAUGUCCUUCGGGAUAUUUUAUUUUCAUUUUGAUGUUUGUUUGUUUCUUUAACCCUUUCUGCUUUACAGUGCACCCUAUGCAUGCUCAUGUAUAUGCGUCGUGUAAGUUUGUAUGGUCAAAAAGAGAGCGAGGAUGAUGGAUUACAUCUUUAUGCUUUCACACCAUGACAGCGGGCUGUGACUAAGUAAUGCUGGAAGUGACCAUUGGGAUGUUUCUUUUUUCAUCUUAUUCAUUCUCAUAUUUGUGCUUGAUAUCAUAGUGCAUAUGAUCCGGUGUC